AUGCCCUCCUCCCCAGCCCCCCCAAACCCAAACCCCUCCAGUUCAACAACAACAACAACCUCCUCCGACUCCCUCGAAACAGACCUCCUCGCCCACCUCGCCUCCACCUCCGCCCUCGACGACAUCCACACCAACCUCCUCUGCUACCUGCAGCGCAUGGGCUGGACCGAGAAAAUCCGCACGCUCUCGCUCGAACUCCUCCGCGCCGGACGAUGCGAGCGCUUCGACGAGGUCGUGGAUGCGGUGAUUGCGUCUGCGGAGUGUCGGGCGCAUCCGGCGUUUGAUCUUUCGGGUGCGAAUGGGGCGGGUCGGAAUGGCAACAAUCAGAAUGGGAGGAGUGCGAAUGGGAGUGGGAAUAGCAAUGGGAAUGGGAUGGUGCUAAGUGCUGAUGCAGAGGCGUAUUUGGAAAACGUGGAUGUGCGCAUUCCCGCGGUAGUUGUUGAGCAUGGCGUGCGCAUGGUUAAGGAGGUGCUGAAAGAUGUUGUCGUGUUCGAGGAUGGGUCGGCGCUGGAUGAUACGCCUGAUACUGGGAAGGGGGGUCAUGCUGGUGCGUCUGGGAAAAGGCUGGAUAAGGAGGACUCGGGCGAUUCGUCGGGCAAGGGCAAAAACGGCGAUGCCAGUCCGGUUAAGAAGACGGGGAAGAAACCCAAUCCCGGGAAGAAUGUCAAGUGA